AUGUCACCAUUCCCAGUGAAGGUAGCUCUUUGGUUCCUGUUGAUUUCCUGCUUGUUCAAUUCUCCAUUGAGUCAACAAGGGAUAGAAGCCUUUCAGUGCAGCAAUGGGCUCGCCUUGCCGCCUGACCAGGUGUGUGACUUCACAGAUCAGUGUGGGGAUAACAGCGAUGAAGAGCAAUGCUCAAAUUAUGAAAGAUGUGAUUUUGAGGAUGGGCUCUGUAUUAUGGCACAAGAUCAGGAUCUGCAACUUGUUUGGACGAAGAGAAAUGGGAUGAUGGAUCUGUUCCCUCCGUUUUAUGAUCACAAUGGUGAUAUGUCUGCCCACUUCGUCUCACUGGUCUCCAAAGUGGAUUCUACUUCCUCAUACUUAAGAAGCAGAGUUUUCCUUUCAACUGAUAACCAACGUGCUUGUCAGAUCACAUUUUAUUACUUCAUCACUCAUGUGAGUUGUAAAUUAAUGGUAGGACUCCAAUCUGCAUGCAGUGGUGCUGUUCAGCAUUUAUGGCAAAAUACAGCUGGGCUCCAAAAUCAGUGGGAGAGAAAUGUUGUCAAAAUCCAGAGCUCACAGAGAUUUCAGGUUGUUUUUCAAGGUCAAAUGAUUUCAACUCGUGGACAAGACGAAGUCAUAGCUAUUGAUGAUGUAUCUUUCAGUCCCGAUUGCUUUCCUGCAGAUGAUGAAAUUUUACCAUGUCAAGAUGCAUCUGAGACCCAUCAGGAACUAUGCCAUCCAGUUGCAGACCUCUGCAGAUUUGAUUCUUCACAUGAAGGAUUGAGAUUAUGUCAUGCCUGUGGAUUUGAAUCCGACAUGUGUGACUGGGCAUCAGAAGCAUCUGCUGAGCAACUGAGCUGGAUACGGACAAAAGCAAGUGAGGUCCAAGCAUUAGGAUCCACACCUCAGCAGGAUCAAAGUGGUAAUUACGAAGGAUAUUAUGUGUAUGUUGGGGCUAAGCACGCUUUUACUCUUAGCCAAUUUGACAACAAGGCUUAUUUAAACAGCUCUGUGUGUCACUGCUUGGGCAAGAGCUGCCACCUUCAAUUCUAUUACGCCAUGGAUAAUAGCAUUUUGAGAGUUAGACUGUAUAAUAAUAAGGAAGAAGAAAUAUUUUGGACAUACAACACAUCAACUCACAGCAAAUGGGUGAAAGUAGAUGUAUUAAUACCAGAUGGUCUGAAGAUAUUUCAGAUUAUUUUUGAAGGGGUCAUUUUGAGCCAGAGAAGUUUUAUUGGGCUUGAUCAACUCUGGGUCUACGCCUGUGGACAGACGCACACCCAAAAGCUUUGCUCUUCUGAUGAAUUCACUUGUGCCAGUGGACAGUGCAUUGCCCAGGAUUCAGUGCGUGACUCUCAACAGAACUGCUCUGAUGCAAGUGAAGAUCUAGCAACUUGCUUUUCCAGAUGUGAUUUUGAAACAAACAGUUGUGGCUGGUUUGAAGCAGUUGGUGGUGACCACUUUGACUGGAUCUGGAGCUCCCAAACUGAUCUUUCUGCUACCUUUGAGCAACAGGCCCCACCUCGGGAUCAUACUUACAACACAACUGAAGGACAUUUUAUAUUCAUUCUGAAGAAAAACAACAGUUUGUCACAAGUUGCUAAACUCCAGAGCCCAACUUUCAGCCAGACUGGACCUGGAUGUACACUUUCCUUCUGGUUUUAUAACUAUGGGCUCUCAGUGGGAGCUGCUGAACUGCAACUUCAUAUAGAAAAAUCCAAUGAUUCAACACCUGUCUGGAGAGUAUUAUAUAACCAGGGCAACCAGUGGUCAAAAGCAACCAUUCAGCUAGGGCGCCUUACUCAGCCCUUCCAUCUGUCACUAGAAAAAGUCAGUCUUGGUAUUUAUGAUGGGGUCUCAGCUAUUGAUGACAUCAGAUUUGAAAACUGUACUCUUCCUCUUCCAGCUGAAAGCUGUGAAGAGCCCGAUCAUUUCUGGUGUCUGCACACCAAGGCUUGCAUAGAAAAGCUUCACUUAUGUGAUCUGGUGGAUGAUUGUGGUGAUCGCACUGAUGAGAUUGACUGUGUGCCUGAACUGCAGUGUAACUUUGAAAAUGGACUUUGUAACUGGGAGCAAGAUACAGAAGAUGACUUUGAUUGGACCAGGAACCAAGGUUCAACUUCAACACUUAAUACAGGACCAAUGAAGGAUAACACUCUGGGCACAGCCAGAGGACACUACCUCUACAUAGAAUCUUCAGAGCCACAGGUUUUUGAAAACAAUGCAAUUUUACUCAGCCCCAUCCUGAAUGCCACUGGUACAGAGGGCUGCACUUUCCGCUUCCACUACCACAUGUUUGGAAAGCACAUAUAUAGGCUGGCCAUCUACCAGAGGAUCUGGAGUAAUGCAAGAGGACAGCUGCUCUGGCAGAUAUUUGGGAAUCAAGGCAACAGAUGGAUCAGAAAUCACCUCUCCGUUUCCAGCAGGCAGCCUUUUCAGAUUUUGGUGGAGGCUUCAGUGGGAGAUGGCUUCACUGGAGAUAUUGCAAUUGAUGAUUUGUCAUUCAUGGACUGUACUCUGUAUCCCGGUACUUUGCCAGUGGACCUUCCAGCUCCUCCAGAAACUUCAGUUCCAGUAACGUUACCUCCACAUAACUGCACAGACAAUGAAUUUGUCUGCAGGUCUGAUGGCCUCUGUGUUGAUAAGAUUCAGAGAUGUGAUUUUAGAUAUGACUGCCCUGACCAAUCCGAUGAAUCAUCCUGUGUUUCAGAAGUUUGCAGCUUUGAAAACAGAAGCUUGUGUAAAUGGUAUCAGCCGAUUCCAGUGAAUAUACUUCAGGAUUCAAACAUAUUCAGAUGGGGGCUUGGCAAUGGGAUCAGCAUUCAUCAAGGAGAAGAAAACCACAGGCCGUGGGUGGAUCAUACCAAAAAUAGCACCAGUGGAUGGUACCUAUUUGCUGACAGCUCAAAUGGGAAAUUUGGUGAUGUGGCUGACAUCCUCACUCCUGUUAUUUCACUCACGGGACCAACAUGUACCUUGGUGUUCUGGACUCACAUGAAUGGUGCCACAGUUGGUUCUCUACAGGUUCUCAUUAAGAAAGGCAACGUUACUUCUAAACUUUGGGCUCAGACUGGCCAGCAGGGUGCACAGUGGAAGAAAGUGGAAGUGUUUUUAGGCACUCAUUUGUACACACAGAUCGUCUUCAGGGCAAAACGUGGUGUCAGUUACAUGGGUGAUGUAGCAGUGGAUGAUGUUUCCUUUCAAAAUUGUUCACCCUUACCCAGCCCAGACAGAAAAUGCACUGCUCAAGAAUUCACAUGUGCUAAUAAGCACUGCAUUGCAAAGGACAGGCUGUGUGAUUUUGUGAAUGACUGUGCUGACAAUUCAGAUGAGACUUCUUUUAUUUGUGGUACCUCCAGGGGACGUUGUGAUUUUGAGUUUGACCUUUGUGCGUGGGAGCAGGAGCAGGAUGAAGAUUUUGACUGGAAUCUGAAAGCUAGCAGCAUCCUUGCUACAGGCACAGAGCCAGUGGCAGACCACACCUUGGGAAAUUCAUCUGGGCAUUACAUCUUCAUAAAGAGCUUGUUCCCACAGCAGCCCAUGAGAGCAGCUAGAAUUUCAAGUCCAGUUAUAAGUAAGAGAAGCAAAAAUUGCAAGAUCAUUUUUCAUUAUCACAUGUAUGGAAAUGGCAUUGGGGCUCUCAGCUUGAUUCAGGUAUCAGUCUCAAACCAAACCACGGUCCUCCUUAACCUCACUGCAGAACAAGGCAAUUUCUGGAAGAGAGAAGAACUACCACUGUUUGGUGAUGAGGACUUCCAACUCAAAUUUGAAGGAAGAGUAGGGAAAGGCUACCAUGGUGAUAUUGCACUUGAUGACAUUGUACUCACAGAGAAUUGUCUGUCAUCCCAUCACCCUGUCAAAGAAGAACCAGCAGUGCCUCUCCCAACAGGUUACUGCCCAUAUGGAUAUCGAGAAUGUCAGAAUGGUAAAUGUUAUAGACAGGAGCAAAACUGUAAUUUUGUAGAUGACUGUGGAGAUAAUACUGAUGAAAAUGAAUGCGGUGGUUCCUGUACUUUUGAGGAAGGCUGGUGUGGCUGGCAAAACUCCCUGGCUGAAAACUUUGAUUGGAUAUUAGGGAUCGGCUCUCAUCAAAGCUUAAGACCUCCCAAAGACCACACACUUGGAAAUGAAGAUGGACACUUCCUGUAUCUAGAGGCUACCCCAGUGGGCCUGCGGGGGGAGAAAGCACACCUCAAGAGUUCUGUGUGGCAAGAGUCUGGUGCAGCCUGCACCCUGAGUUUCUGGUACUUCAUAUCCACAAAAGCCACAGGAUCCAUUCAUAUUCUCAUUAAGACAGAACAAGGACUCCGGAAAGUAUGGGAAGAAAGUGAGAACCAUGCUAAUCAUUGGCAACAGGCUGUCAUCAUGCUAGGAAAGUUAAGGAAUUUUGAAGUUAUAUUCCAAGGGAUUAGAACAAGGGAUCUUGGAGGAGGAGCAGCAAUUGAUGAUAUUGAAUUUAAAAACUGCACAACUGUUGGAGAGACCUCUGAGAUUUGCCCAGAAACCACUGAUUUUUUGUGCCAAGACAAGAAGUGUAUUGCAUCCCACCUUGUCUGUGACUAUAAGCCUGAUUGCUCUGAUAAGUCUGAUGAAGCUCACUGUGGACAGUACACAAGUACAGCAGGAAGCUGUAAUUUUGAAACAACUUCAGAAAAUUGGACCACUGCCUGCAGUCUUGCUCAGGACUCUGAGGAUGACUUGGACUGGGCCAUUGGCAGCAGAAUUCACACCGAAGCAUUGAACCCAGACUCUGAUCACACACCAGGCAGUGGCCAGCACUUCUUGUAUGUCAACUCUUCUGGGCCCAAAGAAGGAUCCACUGCAAGAAUCACUACAUCCAAAUUCUUCCCAGCAAGUCACGGAAUGUGUUCUGUUCGUUUCUGGUUCUACACGGUUGAUCCCAGGAGUAUGGGGAUAUUAAAGGUGUAUACAGUUGAAGAAUCAGGACUAAAUAUCCUGGUGUGGUCAGUGGUUGGAAAUAAAAGAACUGGCUGGACGUAUGGACAUGUAUCUGUCUCCAGUAACGGUCCAUUUAAAGUGGCAUUUGAAGCUGAUUUGGGUGGAAAUGAGAACAUCUUCAUUGCCCUUGAUGACAUCUCUUUCACCCCAGAGUGCAUGUCUGGAGGUCCUGCCACAACACAGCCACCAUCCUGUGGUGUGGAUCAAUUUUCUUGUAUCUACACACUCCAGUGUGUCCCUCUCUCUGGGAUAUGUAAUGGCUCAGAAGAGUGCGCAGAUGGAUCUGAUGAAAUGGAUUGUUCUACUGGCUCCACACCUCAGCUCUGUGGGGAAAUGGAGUUCCCCUGCUCUGGGGGCCAGUGUAUCCCGUCUCUCCUGCUGUGUGACGGAGUGCCAGACUGUCACUUUAAUGAAGAUGAAUCCAGCUGUCCCAACGAGAGCUGUUCUGAGGGAGCUCUGGUAUGCACCUCGUCUAAUAGCUGCAUCGCAGCUCACCACCGCUGUGAUGGUUUUGCUGACUGUGUGAAUUUCCAACCUGAUGAGUCUAGCUGCUCAGAGUGUCCAGUAAAUUACUGCAGAAAUGGUGGAGCUUGUGUGGUGGAGAAAAAUGGUCCCACGUGUCGAUGUGGGCAAGGAUGGAAAGGAAGUCGAUGCCACAUCAAGUUCACCCCUCCUGCUGCAGAUCUUGUUUACAUGCAGAAUAAUUUAUGGGCUCUUCUGGGUAUUGGAUUUGCUUUCCUGAUGACUCAUAUUACUGUCGCCUUCUUGUGUUUUCUUGUGAAAAGAAAAGUGCCAGUAAGGAAAGCUGAGAGAACUGGUAACUGUGCCUUUGUUAAUCCAGUCUAUGGCAAUUGGAGCAACCCAGAGAAAACAGAGAGUUCUAUCUACUCGUUCUCCAACCCGUUAUAUGGCACAGCACCAAGAAGCUUGGAAACCAUGUCUCAUCAUCUCAAACAGUAGAAUCAAGAUCAAGUAUGAUCCACUACGUGUACUUCAUACAAAAUUCUGUACUCUAAAGUCCUAUGCAAAUGUAUCUUCCA